GUCACUUUAAAGUCAGCGCAAUGCACUAUGGGUAUUACUACAGUGUGCACGUUGAGUGGUUGACAUUGGGAGACUUCAGCUAACCGUGGGACGCUGUAAGGGUCUUCAACAAUGGGCUCGACUAUGUCAAAUCCCGCGCCUACUGUCAAAGCUGAGGCCGUGAUGGUGGCUCCAAAUGUCGGGCUGUCCCCUCCACAAGGCUGCCCAAUGCACCGGGAGCCCCAACAAAGCGUUCCAUCGCCACCGGUCUCUACUCCAGUCUCUCCUCCAUCUGAAUGUCCAAUGCACCAACCAGAUGCUCCUCCUGCAUCCCAGGGACCUGUGCAUCAGGAGCGGGCAUACGAGUUUGUGGAGUGUCCAAUGAAAGCAGGGGCUCAAGGAUUGGGACCCAAAGGUGACAUUGACCCAACAAAUAUGAUGCCACCUCCAAAUCAAGUCCCAGCCCCUGACCAGCCUUUUCCACUGGACAUAGCCAGGGCGGAGUCGAAAAUCCCCAGAUCGGGAACUGAAAAAAACUGGGUGUAUCCCUCAGAGCAGAUGUUCUGGAAUGCUAUGCUGAGGAAGGGCUGGCGCUGGAAGGAAGAUGACCUCGCUCCACACGACAUGUCGAACAUCAUCAGCAUCCACAACCGAAACAAUGAACAGGCCUGGGAAGAAAUCCUGAAGUGGGAGGCCCUCCAUGCUGAUGAGUGUCCCUGUGGGCCUUCCCUCAAGCGUUUCGGGGGGAAGGCAAAGGAGUUCUCUCCCCGGGCUAGACUACGGCACUGGAUGGGGUAUGAGUUGCCAUUUGACAGACAUGACUGGAUAGUGGACCGCUGUGGGAAGGAGGUACGAUACGUGAUUGACUACUAUGACGGCGCCGUGGACAAGAGCACCUACCAGUUCUCCAUCCUCGAUGUGCGUCCGGCCUACGACUCGCUGGGUGCUGUGUGGGAUAGGAUGAAGGUGGCGUGGUGGCGUUGGACGUCGUGAAGUGGAACAAGCAGAAACCCCAAACAAACAAGAACAUACAACUUACUUGCAUUAUAGGCGCUGUGACAAAGACAUCAGUUCUCUCAUCUAAGUUCUAAGACAUUCACCUGAAAGAUUUGUAAUUUAAUGCCACUCUAGGUAAAAUCCCGACUUAAGAAACACAUCUAAAGUCAUCUCUGGCUUCAAAAAGAGCCUGGAUGUGUGUCUCCCUGAAAAAAAGCCAUUGCUGAAGUUGGCUCUUACCACACUUGUGACUCCUUGCGUUCUGCACAUAAUUCUAUCUUCCAAGAGAAUAUCUAUUUGGAAUACCAUUGUUGUUCCGGUAUGCUAUAGUCACACAGACAUCUUUUAUAACAGUCUGUCGAAGUUAUACCUUAAAUUUUAGAGCUGUCAUAUAAUUCAACCCUACAGGAAGAGAUGAAAUGGAUAAGAUUUCUUGCUUUUGGACUAGGUGACUCUUAUCUGGCAGAGUUCAUCAAAGUAGAGCUUUGAACCAUGCAGUGAGGUUUUGCUGAUUGUGAGGUUUGAAUGAGAGUUGUUUGCUCUUGUCCUGAGGAAGAGGGCCAGGGAUUCUCAAGGAAAUGUUCAUGAAACAGCACGUAAGAUACUAUUCUGCCCAACAUAUACUGUACCCACAAUGCCGGUGCGGUUGGAUUGUGUUGGCGGCAAGGGACACGACUCAAAGAAGGGCUUGUAUUCUAUGCAUAGUAGAUGCAAAAUGCUGUUGUAAAUACUGGUUGCCUGACGAGCUGUUAUUACAAACGGAGAAGGAAAAAGAAGAAAAGCAACUCUUCUAUGUCUGUAUAGCUAAUCGCACAGAUGGCCUAAAUCUACAACAUGCUGGUGGUUCUGGUUAUUGCUCUCCUCUUCAAAAGGGAAUCUGUCUGGUUAUCAGUAUUUUUCAGUACUUUCUUUACAUUUCAUUUUGCCAGUGAUCCAUCUGCUUGUGCAAAUAAACCUUCAACAUGUCAAUGUUA